GCAACAUUUAACUUAUAGUAGAUUAGAUAGCACAAUGGUAGCAUUGGAAAGAAAGAGAAAAGAAGAUGGUUCUGGGGAACAAAAUGGAACCAAGAGACAUAAAUCGUUCAAUACCGCAUCGUUUAUCUUACAUUCAUACUCAAAGUUACCAGACUUAAAUGAAUUUCCAAAGGGAAAAUCAGAACCUUUAGAUAUCUUUGUUUGGGGGACUGGGUCUAUGUGUGAAUUAGGUUUAGGACCAUCUGCCAAGAACAAGGAAGUUAAAAGACCAAGAUUGAACCCAUACUUAUCCAGUGAAAAAUUAGGAGAUACUAAGAUUGUUGAUUUUUCAGUUGGUGGAAUGCACGUUUUAGCAUUAGAUGGUAAAAAUAACUUAUGGUCAUGGGGUACAAAUGAUAGUGGUGUAUUAGGAAGAGAUACUUCUAAAGCCAAGGAAGUUUUAAAAGAUAUGGAUGCAGCAGAUGAAAGUGACGAUGAAGAUGGAGAUUUAAACGAAGAAGAAUCUACUCCAAGUUUAGUAGAAAAUUUACCAAAAGUUAAGGGCGCUAAGAUUGUACAAAUUGCAGCUACUGAUAAUUUGAGUGUUGUAUUAUAUUCUAAUGGUGAUGUAUAUGCUUGGGGAACUUUCCGUUGUAAUGAAGGUUUAUUAGGAUUUUUGAGAGAAGAAAUUAAAUUACAAGCCAGUCCUCUUAAGAUCAAAGAAUUAAAAUCCAUCGUUCAGUUAGCAGCUGGUAAAGAUCAUUUAUUGGCUUUAGAUUCUAAAGGUAUUGUUUAUGCAUGGGGUAAUGGUCAACAAUUUCAACUUGGUCGUCGUGUCCUUGAAAGACAUCGUUUACGUAGUUUAGAACCACAACAAUUUGGUUUAUAUAAUAUAAAGUAUAUAGCUAGUGGUGAUUUCCAUUGUUUUGCUAUUGAUCAUGAUGAUCAAGUAUUUGCUUGGGGUUUAAAUCAAUAUGGUCAAUGUGCCCUUACUGAUGUUAAUGGUGAAUUAGAAGAUGGUUCAUUAAUCACCAAACCUACCUUGAUUCCAGCUCUUUCAAACAAAAAUAUUGUUAAGCUUGUUGCUGGAGAACAUCAUUCCUUAGCCUUAACUAGAGAUGGGGACGUUUUUUCAUGGGGUAGAUAUGAUAUGAAAGAAGUUGGUAUACCUAAGGAUAAAUUGCCUGAGGCAACUUUUAAAGAUGCUCAUGGAAAUCCUAGAUCGGUUCCUGUUCCAACCAAACUUAUCUUUGGUUCAGGUAAAACUGACGUUAAAAUCAAAGACAUCGGUACUGGGUCUCAUCAUUCAUUUGCUGUAACUACUGAUGGAUUUGUCUAUGCAUGGGGUUUUGCUGAUACCUAUGCUCCAGGUUUAGGACCUUUAGAUGAAGAUGUAGAAAAACCAACUAGAAUUGUUAAUACCGCCACUAAAUCCUACGAUAUAAAACUUAUCGAUGCUGGUGGUCAAUUUUCAGUUAGUGGAGGUACUAAAAUAGAGGAUGAAGAUGCUGCUGAAGACAGAGCUGAUAAAUAUGAAGACAUUGAUGAAUAGAAAAGUUUAUAGGUUUACCUUUGUACAAUUAAUAUAUGCUUGUAUUUG